AAUAUUUACAUCGUAUUACAGCAGCAAAUAGUCCAAUAACACUUUACUGUUAGAAUAUAAAAUUUGAAUGAUCCGAUGGUCUAUUUCCUUUCCAGAUGUUGACCAUCUCUGUCCUCCUGGUGCCUUUACUCCUCUAUUCUCCUGCAUCCUCCUCUCCUCUAGUGAAGGAUGAGGGGGUGUGUGCUAGGACUUUCUGCGGUGCAGGUAGAGAGUGUGUAUCGACCAACAGAGGAGAGCCGGUGUGUCGCUGUUUGCAGCAUUGUGAUGAAUCAGAACACUGGGUGUGUGGCAGCAAUAAUAAAUCCUACAGGAAUCACUGUGAGCUGCACAGAGACGCCUGCAACACCCAAACAAAGGUCCAUGUGGAGCACCGAGGACGCUGUGUGGAUGAACUGACAAAAACAAAUGUGAGCCCCAUCGUGUGCUUCCUGUCCGAUCGUGACUGGUUGAGAGAAAAGGUGAUCCAGUGGAUUCAGUCAGAAAUGGAAUCAGAUCUUCUGGUCUUAAAAGCAUCAUUAUCCAGCAAUGUUCUGCAAAUGUACUUCCAGACCUAUGAUAAUGGGGAUUCUCAGCUUAAUUCUAAAGAGUUCCUACACUUCCUGAGUCAUAAUGAGACUGCUCUGAACCUGACGUACUCUGAUGCUCUCGAGACAAACCUGUUGCUCAGGUCUCUGUGUGCUGAUGCUUUAAUUGAGUUGUCAGAUGAAAAUGCAGACUGGAAACUGAGUUUUAAUGAGUUCACCAACUGCCUGACACCAACUUAUCACCCACCAGAGAGACAGUGUGCCCUGGAGGAAGAAGUCUUUGAGGAUGGAGCUGAAGCUCAGAAAGAGUGUAACAAAUGUGUGUGUGCUUGUGGUAACUGGGUCUGCACCGCUCUGACCUGCAAUGGAGAGUAUGAAGUAAAGGAGGAUGUUUCUGUUGAAGAAGAAGAAGAAGAAGAAGAAGAAAUGACAGAGGAAGAGUGGAGCCGGAGAGUGGCUGAGCUCAAUGCUGCACAGGUUGAUUUUUAUUCAAGCGCACUUACAAAAUGUUUACUUUCAGCACAUUUUAUUGUGAUUGAUUAAUUUUGACGAGGUUUUUAAACCAAGUUGUUUCCUCAAAAAGACUCUUUGUUUCAGUUUCUGUAGGAGAUCAUUACCAUGGAAACAUGAGAUGACCGCUAAAUCAUCCAAUCAGCAAUUGAUUGAUCACAGAAACAAGUCUUAGCUUUAUUUGAUAUAUUCUUGUCUUCUUAGCUGUUAUAAUUGCAAUAAAUAUUGUAUGUAUGUUUUAUUAGCCUAAUUUGUGUUAUUUAAGCAUUUGUAAACCAACACAAUGCAAACAAAUAAAAUAUUUUUGAUCAUGUUUUUUGAAAAAUGUUUGCUUUAGAAUAAUGGAUUUUCUUUUAGCUGAGUUAUUUUUGCUCUAAAGCUUAAGUACUAAAGGUGAAACUUAUUCAGUUUUGAGAUUACCUAAAACAAUUUAGUUAUAGAACUGCUAAAACCCAACACUGUUACUGGUGUUGAAAAAGCAAACUUGGUUAAAUGUUAAAUCAAUCAAUAAGGUCUCCAGACAGACUCCUCCCCUCUCAUAGAAAGACACGCCCCCUCAAUGUAAUUGGUCAUCGCAGUGACAAUAUUGCGGUCCUCCCCUGUGGUUUGGAGCGGUUGGUUUGGUCCGUAGUAGAAGCUGCCAGCCUGGAAUGAUCCACUGUGGCUCAGUGAAGGGGGCAUGGUUGGAGGAGAUGACAGGUAGGUGGAGCUAUAAGGGGUUGGAUGGGUGGAGUAGGCAGGCAAGUGGUGCACCCUGGGAGCUGAAGCAAAUGUGGAUGUCAAAUGAGUGACUUGACCAAGAAAUGAUGGCUCAUUGGUCCACACAGAGGGGGCGAAGGGUCUACAAUCUGAGGGGGAAAUCAUGCACAAAAAUGUCAUUUAAUAAAAGAGUAUUCAGCUGCAUCUCUUGAUCUUCAUCAGUGAACUCAUUUUCAGUUAACUUAUUUAUAACUCCAGAACAUAUUAUUCAAAGAACACCUUUCCUCUCUUACCCGAUGAAGUAGUGCACACUCCAGAUUUCAGCUCCUUCUGUCUCUGUCCUAAGAAGAAAAUCCAUGUGAGUCACAGACGACCACAGAUUUGACCACAGACGUAUUGUUUUAAAGUAACUAACGUCUUGGAAGCCGAGGUCCGUCUACAGUAAUCUUAAUGGCUCGCUGUAAAGUGGCAAUCUGAGGAGGUGAGGUCAUCACAUUUAUAGUCAGGGUGAAAGUUUUACCUGAAAACCAUCAAGCAUCAAUAAAAAGAUAUCAGAAAUAGUUUAAAGUAAAUUUCAGUAACAAAGUUUACUUUUAGCUCAUUUUCUCUACUUUCCACAACAGCAUUCCAUGUUUUAUCUCCACCUUGAGCCUCUUGAAUGGUUCAGUUAGUCAUUUCAGUCAAUCAAAAAUUUUCAUCAGGGGCAUUGUCAGCGUAAAAAACAUCAAAGAUGGCUGUUCUCAUCCAGGAAGUGACAAUGAAACUUAAUAAUAGGAAAUAAGAUGGAAGAGAGGAACAGGUGUAUCAGGGGUAUAUUGAGUACCUCUGCCGCUGCGCCCUAUGAAGCGGAGGUCAUU